AUGGCGCUCAAUGCAUCGAUGAAUGACGCAGCAUUCGAAGCAUCGCGUGUGAUGGCGCAGCACGCGCUUGCCUCGCUCGCAGAUGACCCCCAACAACGAGCUGUACUCGCGGCGCGUGCUCGUCACCUCCCCGAUCCAUACAACCGCAACACCUACGGCACUGAAUCCACCCUCAAAUCCCUGACCGCAGACGCGACGCGUGAUUGGUGGAAUCUUCACAACAAACCAAGCGGUGCAAUCAUCGGAAUCGCUGGAUCCAUCGAUCCGGAUGAAGCGGUUAAGAGUAUUGAAGAACACUUCAGUCAAUGGAGCGGAUCAGUGCCAUCGCCUGUAGUUUCUUCAGGUGCUGCUCGUGGAUAUGCCCACGAGUCCGACGACACCAAUCAAGUCCAAGUCAUCAUCGUCAAUGAUGCACCUCAAGCAGGCCAUGAAGAUGAGAUGAAAGAGCAACUCGCUGUGAGCGUGCUGUCCGGAGGGAUGUCAGGACGACUAUUCACCGAAGUUCGCGAGAAGCGAGGACUGUGCUAUUCCGUAUCCGCGAGCUAUCGCGCCGAGCGUGAGCAUGGACUGGUCACAAGCUAUGUCGGGACCACCCCAGAGCGUGCGCAGGAAUCACUCGAUGUCCUCCACGAACAACUCGAAGCGCUCAAAGCUGGGGAUGUCACUCAACAGGAGUUCGAUCGCGCCAAAAUCGGACUGAAGAGCCGAGUCAUCUUCAGUGGAGAGUCCACAGGAGCGCGUUCAGCUGCACUCGUCGCGGACAUCAUGAAAAGAGAUAAUCCACGAACACUCGAUCAGAUCAUCCAACAGAUCGAUGCAGUGGGUCUGGAUGAUUUCAAUGACUACCUCCGCCGACGAGAACUUGGGACGCUCACGAUACAAACGCUCGGCCCAACCGAGCUCACGCCGCCCGCCGAUCACGCUCGAGCACACCAGUCCUCGACACCGGGAUUCUCGAUCGGUGGAUCAUCGCCGUACAUGAUCGGGAUCGGAGGGUGCGGCAUGUCCGCGCUCGCUCGCAUGCUCAGCGGCGCCGGAAUGCAUGUCCAAGGAUGCGAUUCCACCCCUUCGCCCGUCACAGAAGCACUCAAAGACAUCAAGGUCAAUGUGAGUUUCAGCGAAUCCGCAGAUGCACUCCCCGAUGACAUCGAUGUCGUCCUCGCAUCCGCCGCUGUUCGACCCGAACAUCCCAUGGUCAUCGAAGCGACCAACCGUGGACUGACUGUUCUCUCCUAUCCAGAAGCACUGGGUGCGUGCAUGACCGGACGCACCGGGGUCGCGAUCGCCGGAACCCACGGCAAAUCCACGACCACCGCGAUGCUCGGAUGCGCCCUUACGGACGCGAGACUCGAUCCAUCAGUCAUCGUCGGUGCGACCUGUCAGCAACUCGAACACGGUGCACUCAAUCCUCCCACGAAUCGAGUUGGAUGCCGAGUCGGGAGCGGAGUAAUCCCAGAAGACUCCGCAAGAGGUGAGUGGGGGGGCAAGCCUGGGAUCCUCCUUGCCGAAGCGUGCGAGUUCAACCGCUCCUUCCACAACCUCCGACCAACCGUCGCGUCCAUCAGCUCCAUCGAAGCGGACCAUCUCGAUAUCUACGGCUCACUCGACGCGGUCGUCGAAUCAUUCGCUCAGUUCGCGCAGCUCAUCCCCAAUGCCGAACAAGGCGGAAAGCUGAUCAUCGGACACGACGGCGCGUUCCGAAGGGAAGUCACCGCCGGACUCAAGUGCGACAUUGAAACCAUCGGAUUCAAUCCCGGCGCCGAUUGGGUCGUUGGAUACCAGGACGGCAUCACCACUGUCCAAUCCCCCGAUGGACAUUCCCAUUCCUGGAAUCUCUCGCUGCCGGGAGAGCACAACGCGAUGAACUCCGCUGUCGCGUUUGCGCUGGGACGAUCCGUCGGAGGGGAUCCCGACCUGCUCGCGAAGUCAUUCGAUGCGUUCAGUGGACUCGAUCGCAGACUCCAACUGCUUGGUAAUCGAAAUGGUGUCAAGGUCAUCGACGACUACGGACAUCACCCAACCGAAAUCGACGCAACCCUCCGCGCACUCCGCAUGGAUCAAGACCCGUCCAAGCACGGCGGACGACUCAUCUGCGUCUUCCAACCACACCAACACUCGCGCACACGCUUCCUCCUCGACGAGUUCGCGACGAGCUUCGAGCACGCGGAUGUGGUGAUCGUGCCACACAUCUACUUUGUGCGCGACUCGGAAGCGGAGCGACAUAAAGUCAACUCAUCGGACUUGGUUGAUCGGCUCCGCGCCCGUGAUGUUAAAGCAAUGCACUUGUAUCCAUUCGAAGCGAUCAUCGAGCAACUCGAGAAUAUGUGCAGGCCGGGAGAUCUCCUCGUGGUCAUGGGCGCCGGACCGGUCUGGCAAAUCGAGCACGAUGCGCCGAUCUCGACCUGGUUCCGUAUCGGAGGCCGAGCCGAUCGCCUCGCGCGUCCCGAGUCUGUCGAACAGUUGAUGCAAUGCCUCGAACUCGAUGAUGAGUGCAAAAUCCUCGGCGAGGGCGCCAACCUGCUCGUCGACGACAGCGGGAUGGACCAUCUCGUCGUAUCGAUGCAGUCCGAAGGAUUCAAAACCGUCGAGAUCGAUCAAGCUGCGGGGAUCGUCCGUGCUGGUGCCGGGGUCGCACUCCCGAGACUCAUCACACAGACGGUCAAUACCGGAUUGUCAGGACUCCAAGGACUCGCCGGAUUCCCAGCAACCAUCGGCGGUGCGGUCAUCAUGAACGCCGGAGGAAGGUUCGGAACUAUCUCAGACCAUCUCGUCGCCGUCCACGCGAUGGACCGAGCGGGUCGCAUGCACGAGUUGAGCAAGUCCGACAUAGACUUCAGCUAUCGCCAUUCAGGAUUGAACCAUCUGCUCGUGUGCUCCGCUGUAUUUCGCUUGGAAAGUGCAGACACCAACACGCUCAAGCAAGAGCUCGCUGAGUGCAUGAAGUACAAGACGGAUUCACAACCCAUGAGCGCGAAGUCCGCGGGAUGUGCAUUCAAGAACCCGACUCUCACAGCCGACAUCGAAUCCAUCGGGAACGCCGGAGAUCGCGUGAGUGCCGGGAUGCUCAUCGACCGCGCCGGAUGCAAAGGGAUGCAGCACAACGGCGCUUCAGUCUCCGAUCUCCAUGCGAACUUCAUCACCACCGCUCUCGAUGCUCACGCUCACGAUGUCAUCACGCUCAUGAAGCAAGUCCAGAAUCGAGUCCGCGACUACUUCGGAGUCGAGCUCGAGAAUGAGGUGGUCAUCUGGACGCGAGGUGAGGAGAUCUCACAAUGCGUCCAUCAAGGAUGUCUGGAAGCGGGACUCAAGGCGGAACUGCUCAUCGUCGAUGAACCAAGCGUCGAUGAGAUCAACGAAUGGAACGCCGAGGUCAUCUUUCCCGUCCUCCACGGCCGAUUCGGAGAAGGCGGUCAGCUCCAACAGCGCCUAGAACGCACCAAGAGACCAUUCGUCGGAUGCAGAGCGAUCGCCGCCCGCAUCGCGAUGGACAAGAUGGCGACCAAACUCCUCGCCGCGACACUCAAUAUCCCCACCAAACCCGCCGUCAUCCUCGAUCCGUCCUCGUACACCGAUCCGCACGAAGCCGUCCGACCAAUCGACACACCGCUCGUGAUCAAACCCGUCGCUGACGGCUCGUCCUGCGGGCUCUACAUAUGUCACAACCACCAAGACUGGAUCAACGCGCUCGAAGCGAUCAAAGCAUCGGAUCAACAACAGGUUUCCAUGAUCGAGCCGAUGAUCACGAGUGCCAGAGAACUCACGGUCUCCGUCAUCGACGAUGGAUCGCACAACCUCAAAGCACUCCCAGUGAUCGAGAUCGCGCCCGCUUCAGGGAUCUACGACUACCAAGCGAAAUACGAACGCAACGACACGAUCUACACCGUAAACCCUGAUCUAGCCGAUGAUCUCGUCAGCGAUCUCCAAUCGUGGUCGUUGUCAUUGUGCAAGCAGAUCGGUGUGCGUCAUCUGGCGCGUGUCGAUUUCAUGCUCGACGCAUCCGGGAAUCCCUGGCUCCUCGAAGCCAACACCAUGCCGGGAUUCACCGCGUCCUCGCUGCUCCCCAAAGCCGCGGCAGCAAGCGGACUCCCAGAGAAACGCAUGGCCGCGAAGAAGAAAAAGAAAGACCCCGAAGCCGCCGCUCGCAACAAGCGCAUCGCGAUCACCUCUGCGAUCGUCCUCGGCGCUGCCGGCGUCUUCCUCAGUGCCGGUAUGGGCAUCAAUGCCGUGGACGAGCGCGCCGCGCAGCACAUCACCAACACCGAUCCAACGAUCAAGAUCAACUGGGGAACCGAUUCAUCUGGACACAUCUGGAUGCCGAUCUCUGAACGCGAUCGCAUCGAGCGUCUUGUGCAAGCGUCAGUCGCUGGGACCAAAGCAUUGAACUGGCACCCGCUCCACAACGCGUCCAAAGCCCUCGCGUCCACUGGUUGGGUUAACACCACCCCCGAAGCACGCUGGACCGAUGACGGCUCGAUCAUUAUUGAAGCGGACUGGCGCAUCCCCGCCGCCGUGGUUCGCAGCGGAAAUCGCGAUUACCUCAUCGACUUCCAAUCCCAUGUCCUCCCGCUCGAUUACCCACACGAUGAAUCCAACCAGUUCGUGAUUCACAAUCCCGCGCUCCCGCAUCCCGGCACUGGGAACAACUGGGAUGAGCCUGAGAUCCGCGAUGCACUUAACCUACUCGUCGAACUCCAGAAGCACAACCUCCACAACCAAGUCGUCGGGAUCGAUCUGGGGACCAACCGUGAGCACGGCAUCCUCCAACUCCUCACAGACAACAAUGCACGAGUCCUCUUCGGAGGCGGUCCAGGACGCUCGCGUCCCGCUGAGAUGCCUUCGUCAGUCAAAAUCGAGCGUUUGAUCUCGCUGCUCAACAGCACAGGAAGAAUUGAUGCCGGCGCGAUGAUCCUCGAUAUCCGAGGUCCAUACCCAUUCCCCGCGCCCCAACCUGUCCAGCGUGAGCGCGAUCUGUUCGGAAAGGAACCACCGGGAGACCUCAUCGAUUGGUCGCAUCGCAAAGGCGAACCCAGAGUCUUCGCGCUGCUCUGGAUGAUCUUCUUACUCACAACCACGGCGCUGAUGUUCACAAGUCUCGCUGGGGGUUACAGCAUUUCCCCAUCAGUCUCACGCCCCGCGGCGCAGCAGAUGCUCAUCAUCGUCACCAUCGGGAUGAGCGUGCUCUGGCCAAUGAUCCGAUUCUCCCAGCGCAUAGCGCGUCCGAGUAUCGUUGCCGCCUCUCUGCGCGACAUGGUCGUCCUGCUCAUCCCACUCCAAGCCGUACUCUGGCCGCAACGAUUAAUCGUCCUCGGCGGCUGGUCCGGAGAAGUCGUCCUCGCGCUCGUGCUCCACACCGCCGCGUGGGCGUUGCUGAUCGCAGGAACCAUCGCGAUCGGAUCGAUCCUCAUCGCGAGUUCGUCCAAGCCUCAAUUCACGCGCGCUCUUGCGAUGCUCUCGGCUCUGCUCAUCAUCAGCAUGGGUCCACUCAUCGAGAUGCUCUCCCUCAAGGGCGCUGCGAUUGGUCCUGCACACGCGAACCUCGGAUGGAUGCUCUCUCCGAUCACAGGGAUUCUGGAGAUUACCGCGGAUCGAAGCGUGACCGGACAAGCUGCGAGUGUCUACAACGCCCAUUUCCGCAUCAUCGCUGCGAUCGGAUGCGUCGGAUUCGCUUUGUUAGCGUUUGGAAAGUCAAUCAUGGAUGUCAUCACCCCAGAAGAACGCGACAACCUCAAGCAGCGCCUCAAUGCGCUCAUCGCGAAUCGCUCCGUGAUUACCGAACGCAUCGCAGAAGCACGAGCACUCGGCGAUCUCAAGGAAAACGCCGAAUACCACGCCGCACGCGAGCAGCAGGGGAUGGAAGAAGCCGAGAUCAAGCGCCUUGAAACCCGCCUCUCCUCGGCGCAUGUCGUCGAUGAAUCCAACCAAGCCGAAGGCGUGGUCUUCAUCGGAUCCACCGUCAAGCUCAUUGAAGAGGACGAAGACGAGGAUGAGUUCGAACUCUACCGACUCGUUGGAGAAGCCUCAGGUGGUGUGGACGGCGAUGUGGUCGAAGUCACCGCGACCUCCCCAAUGGGUGAAGCGCUGAUGAAAGCACGCGUCGGAGAGACCAUCCGAGUCAACGCACCCAGAGGGGUCAAACGCUUCAAAAUCCUCGAGAUCGAGCCCACCAUGAAUCGUUUGAUCGCCCUUCCCGCAUUCGCACUCACCGCCGUCUCGCUCCUCUCAGGAUGCGAAUCGAUGGGAAACCGUCAUUACGAUUAUCGCGUGAUGAAGGUUGAGCAUCGUCCAUACUCUGCGAUCGACAUCGUCACCGCCAACGGCUCGAUCCGUGCGCUCCAAGAAGAUCGUGAGAAUGUCGCCAUCGAGGUCGAACUCUACGGCUACGACGCCGAGCGACUCGAUUUCGCGACCGUCCAUGCGGAUCGCAUGGGAGAUAACUCGCUCAGGGUUUGGGUUGAAUGGCCCGGAGGCAAACGACGCGACGGCGAGGGGGCUAAAGUUGAAGUCUUCCUCCCAGAUGCGCAAGGUGUCUCCGCGAAGACCUCCAACGGCUCCGUCGUCGUCAUGGGUCUCAGCGGCGAUGCACUCGUCGAAACCACCAACGGCUCAGUCCAUCUCGAUCAACACAGCGGGAACAUGAACAUCCGCACCACCAACGGAUCCGUCCGCGUAGACGAUUCGCAAGGCGACAUCAACUUCGUCACAACCAACGGACGCAUCCUCGUCUCCGAAGCAGAUGGCUUAGUCGAAGGUGACACCUCCAACGGCAAUGUCUUCGUUUCCACAACGGAAGGUGCUUCUGGACCGAUCCGAAUCCGCACAAGCAAUGGGCGCGUCGAACUCGAUCUUGGACACGCAUAUGAAGGUAUUCUGCGCGUCAGCACCACCAACGGACGCAUCAAGACAUCCAAUCUCCCUGAUGCACGAUUGAUCGAAUCAUCCAAUUACACACUCGAAAUGCAACUGGGAGACAGCGAAGUGAUCUCUGCAGUGCGCACGACCAACGGCUCUGUCCGUAUCCACGGCGAUCCAGAAGACUAA